UAUUGUGAUUGAAAACAAAAUCAUGGGAGUGCACUUAUUUUUGGUAAUGGUGUGUUUCAUGGUGGCUUUUGCUAUUGUUAAAAAUGGGUACACCCAUAAAGCUCAUGUUGAUGGAAGUUUUGUUCAAAGAAAUGGUACUCAAUUUAUUUUGAAUGGGAAGCCACAUUAUGUGAAUGGAUUCAAUGCUUAUUGGUUAAUGACCAUGGCAGCUGAUACUCCAAAUACAAGGUCCAAGGUAUGUACCACUUUGGUACAAGCUUCACAACUUGGUUUAAAUGUAGCAAGAACAUGGGCUUUCAAUGAUGGAGGUGAUUAUAAAGCCCUUCAGGUUUCUCCUGCUUCUUAUGAAGAAAAUGUCUUUCAGGGAUUGGAUUUCUUGAUAUCAGAGGCAGGGAAACAUGGAGUGCAGCUUAUUCUAAGCUUGGUGAAUAAUUGGAAAACUUUUGGAGGUAAAAGUAAAUAUGUUGAGUGGGCAAGACAACGUGGUGAAAAUAUCAUAAGUGAAGAUGACUUUUUCACUCACCCUGUUGUUAAGCAGUACUACAAAAACCAUGUUAAGACUAUGUUGACAAGAAAGAACACCAUAAAUGGGUUGUUAUACAAAGAUGAUCCAACUAUUUUUGCUUGGGAACUUAUUAAUCAACCUCGUUAUGAAAAUGACACUUCCGGAAAAUCAAUUCAGAAUUGGGUUAGUGAGAUGGCAGCUUAUGUGAAAUCCAUUGAUAGCAACCAUUUGCUCGAAAUAGGACUUGAAGGUUUCUACGGUGAAACAACGUCUCAAAAGCUGUUCAAUCCCAAUUCUACUCAAGUUGGUACUGAUUUUAUCUCCAACAAUCAAAUUCCUGAAAUUGAUUUUGCCACCAUUCAUAUAUACCCUGAUCAAUGGUUACCAGGCUCGGACGAGACAACUGAAAAUGCAUUUGUUGAGAAAUGGAUAGAAGGUCAUAUUGAGGACUCAAAUAAUGUUUUAGGAAAACCCCUUAUUAUAGCAGAGUUUGCAAAAUCUUCAAAAUCGCCUGGAUAUAGCAUUUAUAAAAGAGACAAUUACUUUAAGAAAAUAUAUGAAGCCAUAUCUACAAGUGCUACUGGUGGAGGCUCAUGUGCAGGUGGGAUUUUCUGGCAACUCAUGCCUCAAGGAUUGGAUAGGUAUGGAGAUGGCUAUGAAGUCAUUUUUGAGAAUAGUCCUUCAACUAUUGAAAUCAUCAAACAACAAUCUAUAAAGAUGUCCAGUAUCAAAUCCUAGAAAUGCAGAAAAUUAUUCCCAACCUUUCCAUUUCCUCUUUUUUAAUGAAAAAAAAUUAGUUUCCUUGUCCAUAAAAAAUUGAGCAUGACGUAAUAUAUUGUCAUCCGGCCUGGCGCGAGCCAAAUAUGUAAAGUUGGCUACGGCAUCGGGUCUCACAAUGUUUAGGUCCUACAAUAUUAGGUAUGUAUUGUCAACUUUUUAAAAAUAUUUUGGUAUGAAGCAAUGAUCAGUGGUAC